AUGACCUCGACGUCUGCCAACGGCGACGCCGCCAACGCUGGCGCUAAAAGGCCCGGCGACUCUCCCAAUGCAAGUCCCGCAGGCAGUGCUUUUCCUCCCAAAACCUCGUCGCCAUCCUCGAGCUCGCGGCAGGCAGCCGUAUCACCCCUCGCUCCUCUCGAAUUUCUACAAAACCAGCGUAGGGGCUCUAUCACAGACCCCUCUCUCCAUGCUGGUCCGAACCCUCCCACUUACCACGCGGGCCCUUCUUCUGGCAUCACGUCGCCCUUUCGACGUCCCGACUCCCCUGCCACCAGUUUCCCGUCGUCAGCGCCGCGCGAGUCUAGACGUUCCUUCUCUCACUCGCGACCUCUGUCUCCCUAUAAGUUCGGUGACGCCUCGUCCCAACCAAACGAAAGCCCCAGUGCGAACCUCCGACGCCUCUUGAGAUCACCUUCGGCGGAGACGGACAGGCGAACACCUACACAAGCUAUGUCCAUGGACAAUGGGCGGGAGGGGAGCACGCUGGGUGCUAUGGAACGCAACGGGAGCGGAGUAGGUGAGAGGGCAAAGGGUAGUGACCACAUGGAUGUCGACAACCAUGAGGACACGCAUCAUCGUGGCGUAGAGGCUGGGGGGAAUGCACGACCGGACCAGGGGAGCCGGGAAAUUGAAGACGUUGACUACAGCGGCCGACGGCAGUCUGUCGUAGCAGGCACGAAGCGCAAGAUCUCGUCCGACAAAGGCGUGUAUUCACCUGGUAUCCCAGACAUCGAUCCACAAUUGGUUGGUCAGGACGGCGGCAGAGAAGAAGAACCCGCCCCCAAACGGCGAGGAUCAGCGAUUGACACCCAGAGGAUUGCGCAGCUUAGUCUGUACGACCGACGAAGUUCUGUAGAUGCCCGAGUCGCUACAACAGGGUCUCCGUGGUGGUCGAAUGACAGACGAGAUUCGACGUCGUCUGCGUCUGCAUAUACUAGCUCCAACACGCCUCUGACGACCGGAUACACCACUCCCUCCUCGGGAAUUCCCGGUCCUGAUUCGCCACAUGGCCGACCUCCUGGCGACAUCGCUACUUUCGCGUGGCCUGAAAAUCCACACGCUCCUGCUGAUGCUGCCCAUCCAACCAUGCAGAACGAGCAAGCAGUUAAUAUGCAGUCCCCUCCCCCUCCCUUCGACCCUCUCACAACAAUCAUGCCUCCAGUCACCUUCGCACCAGAUCGUCGAAUGUCCGCACCCAAUAUCUCCCCAGAUUCCCUCCCUACUCCGCCCUCCACAGGCCCGACGCGCGCCCUCAGGUCACGCUCCCGGCCGCCCUCUCGUGUCCGCACUGCCGACCAAUCAGCCAGCAACGGAGGCACGCCUGGCGGCAGCACAAAUCCCGAAGAUACGUCCACGUCCGCUCACGCCUCAGACAAGGCCUCGGGCUCUACGCCAUAUUCGCGCUCGCCAGAACUGCGUGUAUCGCACAAACUAGCCGAACGGAAACGAAGAAAAGAGAUGAAGGAGUUGUUUGACGAGCUGCGAGACCAACUUCCUGCGGACCGGGGGAUGAAGGCAAGCAAGUGGGAAAUUCUCAGCAAAGCCAUCGACUUCAUUGUCACGCUUAAGCAGAGCCACCAGGAUAUGGGUAGGGAGAUUGAAAUGUUGCGGCAUGAGUUGGAUGGCUAUCGACAAGGCAUGCCUCCGCCGUUUGCAGGAGCGCCGCCGCACGCUGUCGUCUAUGGCCAUGGACCACCUGUUGGUGUCCCGCCUUAUGCUCCCCCUCCUGGCCCGCCCGGGGCUCCUCACCAGCCGCCACCGUCUCAUCAACCACCUCAUGCACCCCAUACGCAUUCCGCUGGUCCUUCGGGCCCGCCGCCUACCGGACAUCCUGGGCCUCCUCACCAUCCACAUCCUCUCCCGCCUCACGCCCCUCCCCAGCAACCUCUCUCCCGUCCGGGCUCGUCGCAAAAUGCAUAUCCGCCUGGUGCGGGUCCUGCAGUGGGGCAGCCACCAGCCGUUAACGGCAAUCCUCCCGGAAUUGCGCGGACGGAGACCCCGUCAUAG